AUGAAAUCAUUAGGUACUCAAGGUAAAUUUUGGAAAGGCCUAAGUUGCAGUCGCUUAACAGCUAUAACAGAAUAUAGAACUAUGAGUCAGAUAUUACAAGUUCACGCCUUCCUCGGACAUUCUUUCUCAAAGAAUGAGAACUUAAUUCCGGACUCUCUAAAACACGAUUUAAUUCACCAACGAACCCAAAUCCCGUAUCAUAAUAUCCCAAUACAUAGAGAUGGUAUGACGGGGAAAGUAGUGGAUCCUGAUGUUAAUUUUAAACGGUCAUGUGCUACGGCUACAUCUUGUGGAAUAAAUACUGCCAACACUAGGGUUGAACCAACAAUUAUGAAAUCCAUCCAUGAAAUUAGUAAACAGGCUCUCCGUUCAACUAAGAUGGAGUUUAAUCUAUUGAGUUGUAUACGUAAAUCACCUGACUGUUCUGGUGAUUUACCAACUGUCCCUAGUAUAAUUGAUGAAUUAUUGAAAAUGGCUUCUGAGGAUGUGGUUCAGAAUUGGUGUUUUCCCAAGGGAUAUUUUCUUCGACUAACAGCUCAGAUAAGUGAAGCAGGAACUUUCUUACUACCCAAAAGAGAAACGAUCACGUUUCUUAAAAGACGAAUAAGGAGCUGCAAACCACGUGAAUCCUAUGCUACAAUAGAGGAUACUGUAACACCACUCCCGACCUUAACAAAAUUAAUUCAUAAUCCAGCAUUGCAUUGGGAUUUCGAGCUUGACACAUUUCAAAAACGUGCAAUUCUUUGUCUUGAAAACAACAAAACAGUAUUUGUUUCAGCACAUACAUCGUCUGGUAAAACGGUGAUUGCAGAAUACGCAUGCGCUAUUUGUUUACGUCGUGGUUCACGUGUCAUCUAUACAAGUCCAGUUAAAGCACUUUCCAAUCAGAAAUUUCAUGAUUUUAGGGAAAGAUUUGGUGAAAAUGUAGGACUAAUUACUGGGGAUAUCAAACUAGCUCAAGAAGCAUCACUACUUGUCAUGACCACUGAAAUAUUAUAUAAUAUGUUGUGCAAUGCAUCUGAGAUUAUCAAAAAUCUUGAAAUUGUAAUCUUGGACGAGGUACAUUAUAUUAAUAAUCCAGACAGAGGUUACGUAUGGGAACAGAUUAUGAUAAUGCUUCCUAAGCAUAUUCUACUAGUAAUGUUAAGCGCCACUGUACCAAAUAAUUAUGAAAUAGCUGAUUGGUUAGGACGUGUACGAGGUUGUGAGAUUCAUGUCAUCGCAACAGAUAAACGCCCUGUUCCACUGGAACAUUACCUAUAUACUGGCAUGACGGAACAAUAUACAUCCCACCUUCACCUUAUUGUAGACAAAGAUGGUCGCUUUAUAGAUUCAGGUUAUCAGGCAGCUUCUUUGUCGAAAAUUUUCGGAGGAUCAUCAUAUCGUACUCCUGCUUGUAGAGGGAAAGAUGCUUUCAUUAUGCAUACUAAAAAUACAUGGCUUGGAUUUGUUAAUUUACUAAAAGAACAAAAUCUUAUGCCUGCGAUAGCGUUUACAUUCUCUCGAUCAUCCGCUGAAACAUUAGCUAAAAAUCUAUCAUCAGUAGACUUAACAAGUAAAUCUGAAAAACAACAAAUUACGAAGUUUUUCUCUACAAUUACUGGUCGCUUAAGAAAAUGUGAUCGAAAACUUGCUUCAGUUAAAUUUCUUCAUGAUUUAACUAGAAGAGGACUAGCUGUUCAUCAUAGCGGGAUGUUACCUAUAUUAAAAGAAACGGUGGAACUUUUAUUUAGAGCUGGUUUAGUGAAAAUUCUUUUCGCUACAGAAACAGUUUCUACAGGAGUUAAUACACCUGCACGUUGUGUAGUCUUUACGUCGCUUGAAAAAUUUGAUGGUCAUAUUAAACGUUCUUUGGAUCCAAGUGAAUUUACUCAAAUGGCUGGUCGAGCAGGUCGUCGUGGUAUAGACGCCAAAGGUCUUGUAAUUAUUUUGGUUAGUACUAUUGGUAAAUCGUUAAAAUCAUCUGUCACUGGUCUACCGACUGAGAGUCUUUUGCGAAAUAUGAUACUUGGAAGACAAACAGAAUUAAUUUCAAGAUUCAGGGUCACGUAUUCUAUGAUUUUAAAUUUGCAUCGAUCAUCUUCACUAACUCCACAGGACAUUAUGAAGCGUAGUUUUAUGGAAGCAGCAAGUCAUCGAUGGGAGACUAAACAAAGACAACAUUUAUCAGUAUUAAAUAAAAAGUUAAAUGAAACUACUAAAAUAAUUUCACAUAAUAAUAAUACUGAUAAUAAUAUUAGUAAUAUUAUCAUCCAGACAUCAACUAUUACGAUUUCAAAAUCCAUUGAGGGUACUAGUGAUUCGUUUAAAUCUCUGAUUGAUAGUCUUGAUGUACAGGUUAGAUGUCCACAUAAUGGAGUUGAAUGCUGUGAUUCUAUAGGUCAAUACUAUCAAUUGUGUUACAAAUAUCGUCAACUAACAAAUUCAAUUAUUUCUACACUUGAUGUAAAAUAUGCGCAACGUUUACAGCAAAUUUUUUGUCCCGGUCGUUUAAUAUUACUCCAGUUAAUGGUAAACCAGUCUGUUUGGUUAGUACCAGCCGUUAUUAUAAAUUACCAUUGGAAAACAAAGAAUAAUAAUGCUGGAAAUCAAAUAAUGCUCAAUGUUAUUCUGUGGGAACUACCUGUUAAUUUACCGAAUUCGUUGACACUUAUCAAAAAACAGGAAGACGGACAGUCCUCAUCAGAAUUAGCAUUAGUAGUAUAUGGAAGUGAUACUGUCACAUCUGAACAAAUGAAUAAUAACAAGAAUACUAAUUACUAUGAAUAUGAUGAAAUUGAAGAGGAAAUUCUACGUAAUUCCAUUAAUGAAGGUAGAACGACAACAAUACCAGUUCCUCCACAUUUAAUGCCAGUUUUUGUGCCAUUUUCAUUAUGCGAUGGAUAUUCACGUUUAACACGUCAAUCAGUUCCGUUAAGUGAUUCGCUUGUGAGAAUCUGCGAUCAAAUUGUUACCUUCCAAGAUAUGAGAUACAAUCUAGUUGAUGACGAUAAUUCGAAAUUACCUUUGAGUACUUCAGAAAUUUUAUUACAAACCAUUAAACAACUAAUUAAUAUUCGGCGAAAAGAUGAUACUAAAUUGUUAUCUGUCGAUGUCAAUGAUCAUCAGCUUGAUCAACAUUUACAAGUUAUUAAUUUGGCACUUUUUAAUUGUGUAAAUUCAAUAGUACCACAAGAAUCAGCAUUAACAUCUGCGGUUUACUAUACUACUCUAAGAAAUACACCAAAACAAAUGGACUUUAAAAUGGAUUUAAACCUUGUAAUGGAUGACGAGGAUAUUUGCUUAUUUGAUGAAUAUUCCACGCUGAAUGAUCAAUUAACAAUUCCUCUUGCAAACGGCACGAUAACAGCAUUCAGUUCAACAAAUCUAUUGAAAUGUCCAAAUUUACUGCAACAUUUAAAACUUGUUCAUCAAACAAUUUGUCGGAAAUUUGCUAUUAAGAGUAUCGAAAAUAAUUUAGCCAAUUAUCAGUUACAACUUUCUAAUGAAUAUACAGGACGUUUGAGUGUUCUGAAAGAACUUGGAUUUAUUGAUUCGGCAACACAAAGCUAUUGCCUUAGUUUUAAAGGUUUCUUUGCAUGUGAAUUAACAAGUAAGGAAGUUUUAUUGACACAACUUUUACUCGACGGUUUUAUUGACGAUUUAUUGGCCCCUGAUAUUGCAGCUGUUCUCUCAGCGUUUUCCAAUGAACUAAGAGCACAAGAUCUUACUCCAGAAAAGACAACUAGCUAUUAUCUUGAAGAAUUAAUUGUUUCAAUAAAUCGUACUGCUUCUACUACUACUACUACUACUAAUUAUACAAGCAAUUUUAAUCUUCAUAAGGAUUUGGAAUGUAUUCCUCGUCAUUUACUUUUAGUAUUCAAAAACGUUUUAACUCGUGCCUAUGAGCUGGAAACAUUACAACGACGUCAUAACUUAACUGACCCAUAUUUGGAAAGUCGACUCGAUCUACGUAUAGUUCCACUAGUUUAUAAAUGGGCUAAUGGUUAUUCAUUUUCUGCAACCAUAUCAAAAUGUGAUAUACCAGAAGGUUCAUUAAUUAAAAGUUUACUACAAUUGGAUGAAUUAAUUCGUCAUAUUUCUGGUGCAUGUCGUCAAUUUGGUAAUCACAUUUUAAGCUUGAAAAUAGAUGAAGCCAGAGACUUAAUUCAUCGUGAUAUUGUUUGUUCACCAAGUUUAUAUGUUUUACAAGAUAUAAAAUUAGCCAAAGAUGAUUGA